AUUAAAUUCUACUGAAAAAUCAGAAAAAUUACUUGGUUUGUCAAGAAUAUCCCACCCAAUUGAAUCAAAAAGCAACAUUCAUCCGUGAUUCUUAUAAAUUUAUUUGCUGUGCUCCUGUCUUUUUUUUAUUUUUUCUUAUAAAUUUAUUUUACUGUGAAGUGUAAAAUCAAAUUGUAUUUUUGGUUAAAUUCUUCACAAGAAACCAUUCUUAGCUUUCACGGGACUGCAAUUGUCCCAAUUGGGUGACUGUUCUUUGGAUUUUGGCUUGAAUUUGUCGUUAUAUUUUGUUGUAAUUCAAGUAAAGUUCAAAUCUUUUUAUAUAAAUAAACACCUGGGUUUCUCAUUUUGGAAGAGAUUUAAUAUCAUAGUUUCUUCAGUUUUAUUUAAUACCCAUGUUGUGCUAUUUUUGAAUUUCCAAUAAAUUAGAUAAAAGGGUAUUUGGGGUUGUGAUUUUGAUUUUAAAAAAAAAUGAUGGGUUUUUGGUUAAAAAAUCAUGUUUUAUUAGCAUGUUUCUUGAUUUUGUUGCCUGGGUUUUGUGUUUGUUAUGUAAAGCAGUGUGGUAAUUCUAUCACCAAUUUAUCAACAAAAACCUUAAGAUAUGAAUUUUUAACAUCAAACAAUGAGACGUGGAAGAAAGAAAUUAUGUCUCACGAUCAUAAUGAUCAUGAUCAUGAUCAUUUAACCCCAACGGAUGAAGUUGCGUGGUCUAAUUUAAUUCCUAGGAAAUUAUUAUUGAGGCGAGAAGAUGAAUUUAGUUGGAAUGUUUUGUAUAAGAAAAUUAAGUACUCUAAACAUGAUUUAAAGGGUAAUUUUCUUAAUGAAAUUUCACUUCAUAAUGUGAGGUUAGACCCUCAAUCAUUUCAUGGGAGAGCACAACAAACAAAUUUAGAGUAUUUGUUGCUGUUGAAUGUUGAUAGCUUGGCAUGGAGCUUUAGAAAAACUGCUGGUUUGCCUACACCAGGAACUCCUUAUGGUGGUUGGGAAGCACCAGAUAUGGAGCUUCGAGGCCAUUUUGUAGGGCAUUACUUGAGUGCAACUGCGCAUAUGUGGGCGAGCACUCAUAAUGAGACUAUUAGAGCAAAUAUGGGUGCAUUAGUGUCUGCCCUUAAAGAGUGUCAAGAUGCAAUGAAUACAGGGUACCUUUCGGCAUUUCCAGCUGAAUUCUUUGAUAGAUAUGAAGCUUUGCAAUACGUUUGGGCACCGUACUACACAAUCCACAAGGUUAUGGCAGGCCUAUUGGAUCAGUAUAACUUUGCUAAUAACACUCAAGCCCUGCAUAUGGUCACGUCGAUGGCCAAUUACUUUUACAUUCGUGUUCAGAAUGUAGUAAAGCAAUACACUAUUGAACGACAUUAUGCAGCACAAAAUGAAGAGACCGGUGGCAUGAAUGAUGUUCUUUACAAGCUGUACAUUGUCACGGGUGAUCAGAAGCACUUAUUGCUGGCUCAUCUAUUUGAUAAACCAUGCUUUUUAGGAAUACUUGCAAUGAAGGCUGAUGAUCUCUCUGGUUUUCAUUCAAAUACUCACAUUCCAAUUGUUGUUGGGGCUCAAAAGCGAUAUGAAAUUACUGGUGAUGAACUAUACAAGGAAAUGGGAACAUUUUUCUUGGAUGUCGUAAACUCUACCCACAGUUAUGCAACAGGAGGCACUUCAGAUUCUGAGGCCUGGCAUGACCCAAUGAGGUUAGGGGACAACUUAAAUACUGAGAAUGAAGAGUCUUGUACAACUUAUAAUAUGCUAAAGGUUUCGCGUAACCUGUUUAGAUGGACCAAACAAAUGAUGUAUGCAGAUUACUAUGAACGGGCACUCACAAAUGGUGUGCUGGGUAUUCAAAAAGGAACCGAACCUGGUGUCAUGAUUUAUAUGCUUCCUCUAGGGCAUGGAGUUUCCAAAGGAAAAAGUAUUCACGGUUGGGGUGAUCAGUUCAAUACUUUCUGGUGCUGCUAUGGAACAGGAAUUGAGUCAUUCUCUAAGUUAGGAGAUUCCAUAUACUUUGAGGAGACGACAAAUGUACCUGGGCUCUAUGUUAUUCAGUACAUACCUAGCUCACUCAAUUGGAUUGCUGCACAAAUCUCCCUAACCCAAGUUGUAGAUGAUGUUAAUUCCUUGAAUCAAAGCCUCAGAGUAAAACUAACAGUUUCUGCAAAAGAGACUUCAAAGACAGCUACACUGAAUUUACGGAUACCUUCUUGGACAUCAUCGAGUGGUUCAAAAGCCUCACUCAAUGGAAACAAUUUGCCUUUGCCAAGUCCAGGUAGUUUUCUAAACAUAUCUAAGAGUUGGGUCAAUGGCGAUGAAAUUACACUGGAGUUUCCGCUGGUACUUAGAACAGAGUUUCUUAAAGAUAAUCGUCCGGAGUAUGCCUCACUUCAAGCAAUUUUAUAUGGACCUUACUUGCUGGUGGGUCUAUCAAAUGGUGACUAUGACAUUCAAACUGGAUCAGUGAAAUCUAUUUCAGACUGGAUAACCCCUAUUCCACCUGACUACAAUUCCCAUCUGGUUUCUUUCGCUAAAGAGAAUGGAAACACGGCAUUCUUCAUCUCAAAGCAUAACCAAGCAUUGACAAUGCUAGGAUCUCCUCAAGCUAUGAAUGAUUCUUAUGUUCAGUCUACGUUUAGGCUCAUUUUGACAGAUCCAUCUCCGAGUCAAAUAAAAAGUCUGGGAUCAAUAAGUCUUAUUGGUAAAGUGGUCAUGUUAGAGCCUUUUGAUCUUCCAGGCUUGGUGGUUUCUCACCAAGGGGCAGGCAAAGUACUCACUAUUAGAGGUGCAACUCAUAAUAAGCAAUCUGCUGAAUUUUUAAUUGUUAAGGGGUUGAAUGGCAGAGUUGGAACGAUAUCUUUGAAAACCAAAGAAGGUUGCUUUGUGUAUGGUGAUAGUGGCUCCAAAUCUGAUCUAAGUCUGAAGUUAAGUUGCAAUUUUGGGACUUCGGAUCCUUCAUUCAAGGACGCAGUGAGUUUCAUGUGGAACGAGGGUCUCAAGAAGUACAGCCCUAUCAGCUUUGUGGCAAAAGGGUUGAGGAGGAGCUAUAUUCUUGAACCAUUAUUGGAAAUGAGGGAUGAAUAUUAUAAUGUUUAUUUCAACAUAACCAUGUAGAAGUUUUCUUUGUACUUAGUAUAUGCAUGUUUUGUAAUUCAAAGAAUAAAAAAAAAGUAGCAAUUAAAUAGCAAAUUUAAAAUUCAACGCCUUUUUAA